AUGGCCCCCAUUGGGACAUCAUCCCCAAACCCAUUCCCUCAGCCCCUAAAUGGAGACCCCCGGCAGAUAGUCUCCCGCAAGUCGAGGGAACUCAAGCAGCCGCAGACCCGGAUCCACGGCUUCCCUCGGCGCAGGAUCACUGACACGCGUGGGGCUUCCCCCUCGGCAAGAGCCGAGCAGCCCCGCUGGACUCCCACACGCGGGCCAGGGGUGACGGCGAAGAAGGAGGAAGAGGAGGAGGAGGGUUUUUCUCUGCGUGGGCAUCCCGAGGGCAGGGAGACCCUCUGGGAGGAGGCGGCCAAGGCUGGGGCAGAGCUGCCCCCGAGUCUGCCCCCCCCCCCCGCCCACCAGGGCUUUGCAGCGCAGCCGAAGGUGCCCAGGCACGGUGUGGCCAAGCCGUCCGUGGGCACCGGGCUGUACCUGCUGGGGAAGGACAUUGGCCGGAGCAAGUACGAGUGCAGCGUCUGCGCCAAGAGCUUCGGGCAGCUCUCCAACCUCAAGGUCCACCUGAGGGUGCACAGCGGUGAGCGGCCCUUCCAGUGUUCCAUCUGCAAGAAGCGCUUCACACAGCUGGCACACCUGCAGAAGCACCGGCUGGGGGCCACCCGGGAGAAGCCCCCCCCAUCUCUGCCAGCUCCAGCGCAGCAGCCGCAGGGGCCGAGCCCAGCAGUGUGGAGUGUUACGGAGCCGUGGCAGCCCCCUCCCCGGCCCUCCGGCAUGGAUCCGCCAUUCCGGCAUGCCAAGGCCAGGGGCUUUGUCUCCAGCGCGGAGCUGAGCAUGAAGCAAGCGGUGCCAAGCGCACCGGGGCCUGAGGGCAGGUCCUGCUUCCAGAAAGUCUCGUUGGUGUCACGGCGGCUGGAGAGCGCGGGGAGCGCGCGGGGCCGGGAGGGGAGUCCCUCCCGCGUCUCCCUCCUGCUGCAGGCCUGGGAGAGGGAGAUCGUGGAGAAGACGGCGGCCGGCUCCACCACCCUGAUGCACCGGGAACACUCGUCCUCCGUCAACCUCCUCAAGGACUUCACUGCGCACGGCCCCAUCUUCUCGCAGGUGUAUUCUCCCGCACAGAAACCGCGGCGGCAGGACGAGAGGGGGAAGGACCGUGUGGCCCCCCGUGCCCCCAUCUCCCUGCCCCCGGCCCUGCGCGAGCUGCUGGCACGGGGCCCGGUGGGACAGCAGGAGGAGAGCCCCGAGGAGGAGAUCGAGAACCCUUACCUGAGCCCUGACGAGCGGGAGCCAGGCAUGGCGCUGCUCUCCCACUUCUUGGAGCACCGGGCAGGUGCGGCCGACGAGGGGAAGCCCUACUCACGCCUGGACAACAGCAUGCUCUACAGCCGCUUCGUCUCUCCCAGCACUGCCCUGCUCGAGCUGCCCGGCACGGACGAUGGGGGCGUGGGCUCGCCCACCCCCAGGGACCACAAUGGGCUGGGGCUUGGUGACCACCCUGGCUCCAAGGUGGCUGUGCUGGAAGCCCUGAAUCCUGGCUGCAUCCCUCCUGUCACCGAAGAGCCAGAGCACACCGUGGCCUUGUGCCCUGCUGAUGUCCUGCAGGAGGACAAGGAGGGCUUUGAGAAGAUCAACACGAGACCCGGCAAGAUCAUCCUCUUCUCCGAGGCUGGCUUCGCGGGCCAGAAACGGGAGAUCUGGGGUGACAUCCCCGACGCCACGUCCUGGGAGCUCUCGCACACCAUCUCCAUUCGGCAGGAGGACAAGGAGGGCUUUGAGAAGAUCAACACGAGACCCGGCAAGGAUUACCGCACCCCCGAGAUCAGCCUGUUUGCGGAGGAGAAUGGCGAAGGCACCCGGCUGAAGUUCACCGACUCGGCCGAGGACACCCGCACGCAGGGCCAGGCGCUCGCCGCUGCCUCCAUCAUUGUCCACUCAGGCUUGUGGCUGGUUUACUCCAAGCCUUUCUUUGACGACGAUCCCUAUGUUUUGGAGCCAGGCGGGUACCCCAAUUUAAAGGCUUGGGGAGCAAAGGACCCAUCCAUCUGCUCCAUGCACCCCAUCAGGCUGGGCUGCCCCGUCGUGGAGAGACCUGGCGAGCCGCAGGUGCUGAUCUAUGAGGCUGCAGGGUUCCAGGGCCGCAGCUUCACCAUCAGCCGAGACAUCUACGACCUGAAGCGCCUGCCCGGACCAGCACUGUCCACCGUGGGCUCCCUGCAUGUCCUGGGCGGCUGCUGGGUCGGCUAUGAGAAGGAGGGCUUCCGCGGCCACCAGUACCUGCUGGAAGAAGGGGAGUACCAGGACUGGAGGCAGUGGGGUGGCUACAGCAAGGAGCUGGUGUCCUUACGGCUGAUACGGACGGUCGGGGAACACAACCUCCAUUUCGUCUCCAAGAUCCUGCUCUUCUCUGAGCCCGACUUCUUGGGGGACCACAUCACCUUUGAGGACGACCAGGAUGCCUUGCCCACCACCUUCAUCCCACGCUCCUGCAGAGUCCGCGGGGGCAGCUGGAUCCUCUUCGACGGGCCGGCCUUCGCGGGGGAGCAGCACGUGCUGUCCGAGGGCGAGUACCCCACGCUCAGCGCCAUGGGCUGCCUCUCCUCCACCGCCAUCUGCUCCUUGAAGAAGGUCCCAGUGUUUUUCUCGGAGCCCUCCAUCUUCCUGCACGGGCUGGAGUGUUUUGAGGGGAAGGAGAUUGAGUUGAACAAUGAAGUGCGGAGUCUUCAGGCAGAGGGUUUCAACAACCACGUGCUGUCGGUGCGCGUCAAAGGCGGGAUCUGGGUGCUGUGCGAACACGGUGACUUCCGAGGGCGCCAGUGGCUGGGGGGGGGGCCCGAAAAAAACCACCUGCCGGGGGGCGGCGGCUUUUCGGUGCAAAAAAUAUUUCCCUCUUUGCAGAGACGGAUUUAUUUCCGCAUCAGGAGCAAGGAGCUGGAGCUCUACCUCUUGGUCCCCGAUGAUGUGGAGGACAUGAAGGCAGGACGUGUGGUGGUCUCCAGCCUCAGCGAGCAGAGCAGCUCCAUCUGGUACUAUGAGGACGGGCUGAUCAAAAACCAGGUGGCCCCCAGCAUGAGCCUGCAAGUCAUCGGGCCAGCCGGGAAGGGCUCGAAGGCUGUGCUGUGGUCCGAGACCCGGAUGCCACGUCAGACCUGGCGCAUCGAUUCUCAGGGACGGAUCCACAGCCAAAUGUUCGAGGACAUGGUCCUCGAUAUAAAGGGUGGCCGAUCCUACGACCGGGACCAUGCCAUCGUUUGGGACGUGGCUGAGGCAAGACCCACACAGAUCUGGGACGUACAGGUGCUAUGA